CCGCUGCAGUCAGCAGAUUAACAUGCUCCGAAUAUACCCCUUCUUGUUACAACUCAUACUACAAGGCUUAGCUUAUUCUGUACCCCAAGCUGAGCCUUGCGUGGUGAGCAAAUUCGAUAACGUAGUGGCAGCCGUCAAAGAAUGCUCUAACAUAUUAUUCGACAACCUGUUUGUGCCUGCUGGGAUAACGUUGAAAUUAAACCUGACAGAUGGUGCCGUCGUCACCUUUAGGGGAAACACUACGUUCGGAUUCACCAACUGGUUCGGACCGUUGGUCACUAUAAAUGGUACCGGUAUAGUCGUCCAAGGGGAAGCAGGUUCCGUAUUUGACGGUCAAGGUCAACUGUACUGGGACGACAAGGGAACGCGCGGCACCCCAAAGCCGCAAUUUUUCACAAUAGAAGCAUUCCAUUCCAUUUUCCGCAACAUCAACGUUUUGAAUUGCCCCGUCCAUUGCGUGCAGCCGACCAAUGCAAUAAACGUCACUUUUACUGAUUGGUUUAUAGACAACAGAGUCGGCACCUUUGGGGUCGCACCUAGGGGACAUGAGGGCCACAGUACUGACGGAUUUGACGUCUGGAACUCGACGGACGUAGUUAUACAAAAUUCCGUCGUGUACAACCAAGACGACUGCGUGGCCCUGAGAUGCGGUUCCAACAUAUUGGUACGAAACUUAUUCUGCAGCGGAACGCACGGCCUCAGUAUUUCCGUUGGAUUCAGUAACACCUCCGUUCAGUUAAACACUUUGACUAACGUCACCAUCUUGGACUCCGUAGUGGUGAACUCCAUAAACGCUAUCCACAUCAAAACUCACAGGGACGGAGGUUACGGGUCGAUCACGAAUGUAACUUACCAAAACAUCACUAUGACCGGGUUGCAGAAGUACGGCGUAUUCAUCCAGGAAAACUAUCCCGACAGCAAGGCGGAACCGCGAAACAACGUGGUCAUUAGCGAUUUGCAAAUGAUCGACGUCAGUGGUGACGUGUCGGAUAGCGCGUUUCCUGUUUACGUAUUAUGCGCGGAUGACGGCUGCGUCGACUGGAAGUGGUCGGGGGUCGACAUUGCAGGAAACAAAUCCAACUUCUGCAAUUUCGAAAUUGAUGGAUUCGACUGUUGAACUGUGAUAUACGAGAGCUUAAUAUAAAAAAGAACAUCGUUAAUAGCAAUAUUGUGUGUUAUUCCUACUAAAGAUAAAGAGAAAACUAUACUGGGCACUUUUGAACUGGCUGGAAGCUCUGGAACUUGUAGGUACACUUUGGAUUUCAACGUCGGGUAUUGAAUCUGUCCUGCUGACUUCUUCUAUGACCUGCCGAUUACUCUC